AUGUAUCUUCUUGUCUUCAAAUCCGUUACUUCCGUUCAAAUCACCUUGACCAGAUACAGAGCGUACGCUUUUGUAAGAAACAACCUGAAGGAUUGCGUACUCUUGUACGCGGUGCGCAACGAGCUUGCUGAUCGCCCACACGGCGUACUUGAUCUCAUGAUGAGUGUUUGGCGCGCAUCAGGACAUAUCUCACCCGAGUACGAAAGUUCGAAGAAGAGUAUUCGGCUCCACCUCGACGACGUCAACGUUAACGUCGCCAACUUGCGCCGACGUCAUUGUCAUUGUCCCCGAUUUCGGGAACGAUCUGCGUCCGGUCCGCUGGCCACCCUUAAAGUUUUCGUGGGAGGGAAAGGCAUCCAAAAAAGCAAACGCGUCGUUGAUACACCGCUUGAUCAUCUAUCGAUUGGAGAAUUUUCGCUGGAGGAAGUUCAUGAACCGUCGACACUGGCAAUCUUUAUCAUCACUACUUACCUCAAUUACAACGAAAUCACAAUUCUAAAGAGCCGAUUCGCUACCCCGGCGCUCAAGCUCGAGCGGUGA